CAAAGAUACACUUUUCCAGAACGCGUGCCUGUUGAGCAAAAGACGUUCACCGAACCUACCAGCACAAUUAUCUAUUAAGAAAAAAAGCCUUUCCAGGAAGCACCCGCCAACGUAGUUCUGGCACAUAGGAAGAACCAACCCCCGAAAGAGUGUUUAUCGCGCCGGAUGCUUUGCACAUGCCGUAGGCGUAAACACCAUUUUCCAAAUAAAUUGCUUGAAUUCAUCCGAUGGCCGACUACUGCCCGUUGGAUGCUCCACAAUGGCGGAUAUUUUUUACCCCGCCCAGCGGGUGAUGACCAUGGCAGCUCUGCUGUUGCUGUCGAGCAGUGUGGUUCUGCAGGUUCUGGCCGUCAACCCGCCGUUUACUGUUCCUUGUGGCAAAUGUCCCCCGAACGAAAUCCUUCGACAGAGCCCACCGUCGUGUGAGCCUACGUGCUACGACGAUUGCUCGUACAGCACCGGAUCACCUGUUCCGUUGGUCCACGAUCCUACGUGUGUUUGCAAGCCUGGAUUUGUACGGGAUAACGGCGUCUGUAUUGCGAAGGAAUCGUGCUACGACUUGGGGUUGGACGACUACGGAAUAGAUCAGCCUGGCGCUUUGCAGUGCUCGCCGUCCGAGGAUCUCCUCCAGAGUCCGCCCUGUUGCGAGCCAACGUGCAGCAACGACUGUAGCAACAUCGUUUGUCCGUUGGUGUUCAUCGACGAACCGACCUGCGUGUGCAAAACGGGCCUCGUGCGCCAAAACGGAAUCUGCAUCGAUCCUCGACAGUGCGUUCCGGAGGCGCCAGGUCAAGCCACGGAAUACGGCGAGUACUACAGCUCAGCGGUGGCCGUUCCCGUAGCCAUCCCGGUUCCCUACGAUAACACCAUUCCAGCUCCACCAGCAGUGUACACCGACGUGAGUUACAUCAACCAGCCGGCGGUUUGUGGGGGAGCCGUAACGACGACGACGACUACGGUGGCACCGCCUCCUUGUGUGGCGCCUACUCCAGCACCGUGUCAGUGCCAGCAGCAGACUCCGGCACCCUGUUCGUGCCAGUCAGCAGCUGUCCCAUGUCUGCCACCUCCACCAGUGGCACCCUGUCCGUGUCAAGCAAAGGCUGCCCCGUGUUAUCCACCCCCACCCGUUGCACCUCCGGCUCCGUCUCCAUGCAAUGGAGGGUGUAUGCCACCUCCGCCGAUUGGCGUGCCGAAUCCGUGCGGAUUUUGCAGAAGGAAUUUUUGAAUAAAUUCGAUAAGUUGAGUUC